AUGCAUUCGCCGCCGCCGCCGCGGAGGGCGAGGAGCGACGGCGGCGGCGGCGGCGCUGGCAGCGUGCCCGAGGAGGCGCGCUUUAUGCGCUGCCCUCCAGGCGCGCCCAAUCUGCCAGAGUGCGGCCGCGACCCGCCAGGGGCCGUCCCCAACCCCAACCCCAAACCACUGCCACUCACACCGGGAGACGUGGGAGGCGCGGUGCAGCAGCCGGUGGGCGGCGGUGGGGCCCGGCGCUGGGCGGCGAUCGAUACGGCCGGGGGCGGCGCCGCCCUCCGCCGGGCCUCGCGGCCGCGCCCAGGCGUCAGCCGCCGCCUGCCGGAAGUGCCCGCACCUGCUGCGGCGCCGCCGCUCUCUGCCGCCGACAACCCUGUGGCCGUCACGCGUUACAGCAGUACACGAGCGGACAGAUUCUGA